AUGGGGGGUGUUAUUCCUUUCGCUGGGCUCAGCAGCCCCUCAAAGUCUAGGAAAGAAAAGGAAACCCGCGCGCCUUCGAGUUCGAGUCGACGUCCAUCUCAAGGCUCGCAGGCCUCUGCUUCAACGAUUCCCCGGAGCAGUUCUUCGGACGCCCCUAGCACUGCAUCAAGCGUACAGCCUCCCUGGGACCGCACUGUCGAGAUAAUCUGGGUCAGGGAGACAUCUAGUGGGCGUGGGGAGGACGAGCAACGAAUUGAGUUGGCGUUCCAGGAGAACUGCAAGCGCCUGCGACGCAAAUUCGCUCUCAAUCAAUGCCAGCCUGAAGAGACGACCGAAAACAGCGCCAAGAAUGGAGAAGCAACGGACCGUCAACUUGCUCCAGGCGAGCAGCUCCAAGACAGUCGACACAAACCGCAUUAUGAUGCCCGCGCAAGGAACCGAAACAGUCGAUACUUUCAGCUUCCCGAUUCAAUCCGUUUCAAGAUCGUGAGAACCGUCCUGCAAAUCCGCGAGCAUGAUGGCAAAGCUAUCCGGAUGAACAGCCCAGUGUACCUCCGAGCCGUCUGGCCUGUCAACAGCAAGAAGGAAGACAGGCGCUGGUCGACAGACUACUUUGAUAGCCUGGAAGCUGUCCUGAUUUCACUCGCCAGUUACACAUCUGUGUGCUUCGACAUGCGAGUCGAUGUGCUAGCAACACUGUUUCUUACCCGACGGUUCCAUGUAGUCUUCUCGCCGCUUAUGACAGCGCGGAUACAGCCCACUGCGGUGCUGUGGAUGAAUCAUUUCGGCCCGCUAAUGGCGUCGAUUACACUCGAAGUAGACUUUUCCAAGCAGGGUGGUAACUGGGCCCCGGGUGCAGCAAAGAUUAACUCCCUUCCUGGCAUGGAGGACAUGGCACAACUAGUUGACGACUUUGUAUGCGCCCAGCUAACGAGGAUGAGAAAGACCACAAUCCAAGACCUGCGCAUCUUGGUGAGAAGAUACCACGGCUAUCGGCCGACAACCGCCAAGAGCACAGCAAGCGAUGUCAACAAGCCGGAACCAGAAGCAGACCCUUCGAGCCGAGCUCCAGUCCUUCCCGCCUCUACUCCCAUCCGCUACACUCAACCCGCACACAUACGCCUUGUCCUAGAACCGCUCAAACGGCUCCGGUCGCUGGUCGACAAGAUAACCAUCACGGGCGCCCCACAGGACCUCGCCACGGAGCUCAUCCUUGUCCUGGCGGGCAAAGACCACCCUCUCUACACACCUGAGGACAAGCAGCGAGAGAUGGACACCCACUGCACCCACCGCCGCCCGGCGCGCGAAUACCCGUUCACGCCCGGACCAGGGCAGCGCUCCAUGCUUGACUACGGCCUGCACAGUGACGAUAAGUCCGGUAAAGGCAGAGCUGGGUUGCGUGGGCUGGCGAUACACAACCACCCGGCGGAGGAAGACUGGGAGGGGCUGUAUGGCUGUCGGGUUGUUGCGGGUUCUUCUCUCUCACCGUCUGUGUCCGCGUGCGCGUCUACGUCUGCUCGGGAUUUUGCCGGUAUAGGGACUCCCCUACCUACUCCUACUACGGAGCGACGGCGCGUGGUCACGGGUUUGGUAUCUCCGCUCCCAGUUGGUGGAAACGGCGCGGGCGGCGAUGGCUACGAUUGGAAUGAUAAGGACAAGGCGCUCGCGGACAGGCUGCGCAAGAUGUCGAAGAAGUGGGUUUCCAAGGCAUCAAUGCUGAGGAAGAGGAGCGAUAGUGGGGGCAGUUCAGGCUCUGGGGGAGCAGAUGGUACUACUCAGGAGGGUAAAGAAUCGGUGUGA